UGGGGCAGCGACUAUACUCUGUCAACGUUCUCACCAAUCUCAGCUCUUCAUUGGCUUCCCUCUCUAUCCCCAUCAGAUCAGAUAGAUAAGCCCCUGCCCCCACCUCUCUCUCUCUCUGUCUCUCAUCCCACGGCUUCUCCCCCAUCCAAGCUAUGGCUUCAACAAUCUUCAAUGCUCCAUCUGCUGUCCCUUCAAUGAAGGGUGUAGAUUGCAAAAACUACGUCGGUUUAAAGCCAAUCGUUAAUGACUUGAAGUUCAAUGUUGUUAAAACCUCAGUCAAGGCGGUUCCCAAGCGUGUUUUUAUUGUGAGGGCGAGUGAAACGCGUGAUGGGCCAAUGAAGAAGUUGGGGCUCAGUGAUGCAGAAUGUGAAGCGGCCGUUGUGGCUGGAAAUGUGCCUGAGGCCCCUCCUGUGCCGCCUAAGCCCGCUGCACCGGCUGGAACUCCUGUGGUUCCUUCGCUUCCACUUAGCAGGCGUCCUCGUCGCAAUCGCAAGUCACCUGCAAUGAGAGCAUCAUUCCAGGAAACUAAUUUAUCGCCUGCAAAUUUUGUCUAUCCACUUUUUAUUCAUGAAGGUGAGGAGGACACACCUAUAGGAGCAAUGCCUGGAUGUUACAGGCUUGGGUGGAGACAUGGACUUGUGGAAGAGGUAGCAAAGGCUCGGGAUGUUGGUGUGAAUAGCAUUGUGCUCUUCCCCAAAGUUCCAGAUGCUCUGAAGUCUCCCACAGGAGAUGAAGCAUACAAUGAUAAUGGUCUAGUCCCUCGAGCAAUACGGUUGUUGAAGGAUCGAUAUCCUGAUCUUGUUAUUUACACUGAUGUUGCUCUGGAUCCAUAUUCCUCUGAUGGGCAUGAUGGUAUUGUCAGAGAAGAUGGAGUUAUAAUGAAUGAUGAAACAGUGCAUCAACUAUGUAAACAAGCUGUUUCUCAGGCCAGAGCUGGGGCAGAUGUUGUUAGUCCUAGUGACAUGAUGGAUGGCCGUGUUGGAGCAAUACGGACAGCUCUUGAUGCAGAAGGCUUUCAUCAUGUUUCAAUUAUGUCCUACACGGCAAAGUAUGCUAGUUCAUUUUACGGUCCUUUCAGAGAAGCACUGGACUCAAAUCCACGAUUUGGAGACAAAAAGACCUAUCAGAUGAACCCAGCAAAUUAUAGAGAGGCUUUGAUUGAGGCCCGUGAAGAUGAGUCUGAAGGAGCUGAUAUCCUUCUGGUGAAACCGGGUCUUCCUUAUUUGGAUAUCAUCAGGCUUCUCAGAGAUAAAUCUCCUUUGCCAAUUGCUGCAUAUCAGGUAUCAGGUGAAUAUUCAAUGAUAAAGGCUGGUGGAGUUCUCAAAAUGAUUGAUGAAGAAAGGCUGAUGAUGGAGUCCCUGAUGUGUCUCCGACGGGCUGGUGCCGAUAUCAUCCUAACAUAUUUUGCUCUACAAGCUGCUAGAUGUUUAUGUGGUGAAAGGAGGUGAGUUGCCUUAUAUUAAAUUAAGGCUCUGAUAGUUGUGGAAAAUCCAUGGAGAACUUUCGGUUCUGUAACUAAAUAACAAUAGUGUAAGGUUUGGAAUCUUAAUUGGCGAACUUAAUAGGUCACUUUGCAGUCCAUUCUUUCACCUUAAAAAUAAUGCCCGCUCUUAAAAUGAAUCAUGUACUUUUUUUUUUAAA